AUGCGUAAUGAGUAUUACAGUCAAACAUGGGCUUGUCCAUAUGGUACACGAGCUUACUAUUACACUACAAACAAUCCUACAGGACAGGAUUAUGCUGGAAUGAUGCUUUAUGCUAUCUGCUUUCCUCCACCUAACAAUUACUGGUAUCUACCGGAUGGCACUACUCGAAUUAUGGCAAUUUCAUGUGAAAGCCAGAAUUGA